CUCCUCUCCAUCAUGAAUCCAGAUACUUGAGAUCGUGCAACACUUGUACCAUCGGUCAAGAUACACCAUCGGGCUGGGAUUUGUCCCACCCCAGCCCCAUGUGCUGUGUGCGCUCUGCACUGGACCACCUGUUAGGAUCUGAGCCCAGUCACCAUGAGUGAUUCUUUGCAUUCAGACGAUCUCCAUCUCGCCGGACUCGUGCUCGCUGCCACGGCAGCCGCUGAUGAAGAAGGCCGAACCCCCCAUGCCCAAGGCAAACGCAGGCGCGACGACGAAGAGACUCACCUUGAUGGCCCUUACUACCAGAAUCCCAUUGACCAAACUUCCAGUCAGACCGCUCCUGCCAACGGCCCCUCGCUGCACAGCUCCGCCUCCGUGCUCUUCCGAGAGCCGUCAAUGACGAGCCGAAAAUACAGCAGACCUCCGCUCGGUAAGGUCUUCACUUCCUUACAACUGGCCCCAGAGAACUUCCUCCGCCUGCAAACUGCUGCCAAGGCAUUUAUGCUGGACGAGGCGCACCUAGAACGAAGAGACGUCGUUGGGCAUCAGAAGCAGUCUGGGGCCGCCGACGUGGCUAAGCUGAAUCUGUGGAAUUGUGUGGAAGACUUCCUGUCGACACAUGGCUACGGGGAAAAGUACUUUGCGCCCGGUGUAGGCGGUGACAUACCCGAUGCUCCUGCCAGGACAUUGUCAUGGCCCGCAGACCGUCAGACCAUCAUCAAACUUAUGAUGCCACUCAUGCGGAAAAUGGUCACCAAUGAGCGUCAGAGGGUCUAUGCGGCCGAAAGUCGCAAGUCUACAGGCACAAAAGAGGAUGAAAAACCCGAUUCCAACAGUCCAAAUAAGGACGAAUCCCCACGACUGGAUGCAGCAGGGACAGGCCCUCUCGUUUCUCCUGCUCCAGCAGCUGCAGGGACCGGUGGACCACCUCUACCAUCUACACCUAGCCCAAUUUCAGCGACCAAUGGUCAUGUUCGAUCAUCACCUCCAUUUAAGCCUUCAAUUGCCAUCCAUGUGAAUGUGGUGUCAUCUAACGUUGAAGGUGCUCGACGCAGAGUUAUUCCUCGCUUCACGUUGCAGCCCGAGACUACGCCUAACUUGUCAGCCCUGAUCUCUCACGCCAAACGGAAACACCCGGGAGGGCUGGAAAGUGAUUCUAGCAUGCCGGUGGUCAAAGUUUGGCUCCCAGAUGGUUUAGUAACCGUUGCAGAUGACAGAGAAUGGAUGGUAGCAUUGCUAAGCGCUGGAGUGGUUGAUUGGAUGGACGGCGAAGUUAGAGUUCUUGUUGAGGUGUGAACUCUGGCAGCCAUUAUUCCCACGCUUGACGCUCCUGGUUCCCGAAUAAAACUCUUUGAGAGACACUUGGCCCGCACUUGAGAGGGGCUGGCUGUAAGAUGGGAGCAUGACUGCUUCAACAAACCGGACACUGCAGAAGGCUCUCAAUACGACAGAGAUGUAUCAUGCUUAUGACACUGGCCAAGGAGAAACGCCACGAGGGACGUUGAAUGCAGUCUCUACCCCAGCAUGCGGGUUGGCACAGGAGGCCAACAGAUACCUGGCCGAUCAUUCAGGAGAUGAUCAUCAGAGUGUGGAAAGGAUCACUUCGGGAGUGGCCAUCUAGAGUUCUCUCAUCGUAGCUUGUCGUGUGUUUAUUUUUGAUCAUCAAAGCCGAUGGGCAGCAAAAAGGUGAGGUUAAUCAACGCUGGCAAUUAUGCGGACCGACUGAGAAUGGAACUAUUUCUCUGAUGUGGAAAUGGUACCCAAUCAGGAAACCUCAUCUGUAGAAGAACACAUCAUGUUAGUGCGUAUCAGUGUAGGAUCGGAUGAUCAAGAAGGCUGGAGUAUGUUUUUGACUGGGAUUUGAGUUGAGGCGGGCAAACCUUCAGCUAACCUCAUGCAUGCCUGACGUUCGCCGUAACAGUGAGAUGGCGGGCCAAAAAGCGUGAUAGAACAGCGAAUUGCGGCUGUGGCGGGG